GCGUUUCUAUAAAAAAAAUAUCAAAAUAUCAACAUUUUGAAUUUAUAGAGCUUAGAUUGUACUCCAUAUACUUACAGAUAAUUCUUUCUUUUGCCCUUUUGAUUGCAUAUAAAAAACAAAAAACCGCAGAUUCGUAACUGUCCAAGAUAAUUAUAUCGAAAAUAGUAGUAUAAAUUAACAAUGAUAAUUUCUCAAAAAACAAAAAAAUAACACAAUGAUAAAAUAAAAAUAACACAAAAUUGCCAGCAAAAAUAAAAAAUAAGAAUGAAUAACACAAGAAGCAAAGACGAGCACAAAACUGAAUCAGAUUCAGUUUGAUCUUCAAUUUGAUGCAGAUCGACAGGCCUCAGCACUGCCAUCGUCUUUCACAUUACCUCACAAAAGCCUACCAACGAUUUCGGCCGACUGUGGCUGCAGUCCACCGCCGGUAUCUCUCGCGCCGCGUAUGUAAAAUUUGUCGCCGAUUGGGAUUUAUAAAUCACCUUCAAAUUAAACCCUAGAGAUUAAACGCAGCGAAGGAAAAGGGAUGGGAAUCUUUUUAAUUUGGCGGGCACAGGGGGAAUUUUGGCGGUAAACUAAGCUGACAGGCCACGUGUCGCGCUGGCAUUGGCGGAGCAUGUAUAGGUGUCGGCUAUGAGGACAUGGCAUGGCCAUCCUAUGCCAUGUGUUUUCCCGCGCGAGCGGAGCUAAAAGGGUUUUAUUUUCCCCUGAAAGCUAAAUAAAAAAUUACUAAAAAAGAAAGGAAAACCAAACCCCUCUCUCUCUCUCUCUCUCGCACUUGUUUUUCUUUCUCUCUCUUCUUCAUAGAGAUAAGGAAGAAGCAUCAGCAGGCCGUUGUAACAAACAGCAAUUCUCAGCUGAGAUCGGAGAUCUGAAACAUAUGGCUGAGCUGAAUAAUGUUUCAAGCCCUAAUCGUGAGCGAGAUGGAGGUGGAGCCACCAUUGAAGCUCGAUUUGCUCACUUCUGCAAGAAUGAUCUACUGUUAGAUGACAACGACCUUUUGGAGCAAGCCACAAAGCUGUUCGGUCAAAGCAAGAGUCUUCUGUUAGCCAAUCUAUCCGCUAUUGGAACUGGGACGCCGGAUGAAGCAGAACGGUACUGGUUUGCGUUUGUCCUCUACUCAGCGAGAAGACUCAGUGAAAAUGUUGGCCCCAUAGAAAAGGGUCUCAAUUUAUGCCAGCUAUUGAGAGCAGCAAGGCUUAGCAUCGUUGAUUUUUAUAAAGAACUUCAUCAUUUUCUAAUCAAGGUUGGAUCGAUUUUGAGUAACCUUUAUGGUGAGGAUUGGGAGAAGAGGCUUGAGGCAAUGGAAUCACACACGAACUUUGUGCAUUUGACCCUCUUGAGCAAGAAAUAUGAGCGUGCAUUUCGGGAUCUUUUCUCAAUGGUUGAUGCCAAUGAUAGCAAGCAAUUAAAUGUUGCAAAUAUAUCUGGCCAUGGGUCAGAUUAUUACCGUUUUGGAUGGUUACUCUUUCUGGCCCUCCGUGUACACGUGUUCCGUCUGUGCAAAGACUUAGUAUCAUGUACUCAUGGCCUGGUUUCUGUCUUGGCAAUACUAUUAAUACACGUUCCUGCCCGCUUCAGAAACUUCAAUUUAAAUGAUUCUGAACGCAUAGUUAUGAAAGGCGACAAGGCUGAUCUCCUCGCAUCACUUUGCAAUAUGUACGACACUUCAGAAGAUGUUCUGAGGCAAACUUUGGAAAAAGCAAACAACUUGAUAACUGAUGUAUUGAAGAAAAGCCCUCGCUUGGCUUCUGAUUCUACACCUGAAAACUUGCAAAAUAUUGUUACUGAUGGUUUGAUCUAUUUUCAAGAUUUGAUGGAUGAAUCUUCUUUGUCAUCAAGUAUGAACUUGCUGGAGAAGGAUUAUGAUUCUGCAAUUCGAGAUAUGGAUGGAUUAGAUGAAAGAAUUUUUUUAAAUGACAACGAUAGCUUGCUAGUUUCGGGGAGCUUAUCUGGAAGUGCUAUAAGCAUGAGUGGAAAUGGGACAAAGAGGAAAAUUGAUACAAUGUCCUCCCCAACAAAGACAAUUUCAAGUCCAUUGUCCCCUUACCGAUCUCCAGUACGUCAUUCCAAUGGUUUUGCUGGUGGUGGCAUGUCCAAGAUGGCUGCUACUCCAGUCAGCACGGCAAUGACAACUGCAAAAUGGCUACGUUCUGUUAUUGCUCCACUCCCUUCUAAACCUUCAGCAGACCUAGAGAGAUUCCUUCAAUCAUGCGACAGAGAUGUGAGUGCUGAUGUCACUAGGAGGUCUCAGAUAAUACUGGAAGCCAUAUUUCCAAGUAGUGGACCUGGGCAAAAUGCUACCUUGAUGGACAACAUAUGGGCUGAACAACGUCGAAUUGAAGCAAUGAAGCUCUAUUUCAGGGUUCUCCAAGCAAUGUGCAUGGCUGAGUCCCAGAUUCUGCACGUGAACAAUUUAACUUCUUUGCUUACCAAUGAGAGAUUUCACAGAUGCAUGCUAGCAUGUUCGGCUGAGCUUGUUCUUGCCACACAUAAAACUGUGACAAUGUUGUUUCCAACUGUUUUGGAGAGAACAGGAAUAACGGCCUUCGAUCUUAGUAAGGUGAUAGAGAGCUUCAUCAGACAUGAAGAAACUCUCCCUAGGGAACUCAGGAGGCAUUUAAAUUCUCUUGAAGAACGACUAUUAGAGAGCAUGGUUUGGGAAAAAGGCUCAUCGAUGUACAACUCCUUGAUAGUAGCAAAACCUUCCCUUUCUGCAGAAAUAACUCGUCUUGGCUUGUUAGCUGAACCUAUGCUGUCUUUAGAUGCAAUUGCCAUGCACAUUAACAUGUCAAGUGGGGUCUUAGCCCUUACGCAAAAGCAUGAAAAAACUGGUCAAAAUGGAGAUAUUCGUUCACCAAAAAGAGUGUGCACUGAGUACCGGAGUGUAUUAGUUGAACGGAACUCAUUCACGUCGCCGGUGAAAGAUCGCCUCUUGGCCCUGAACAACUUAAAAUCUAAGUUUCAAGCUCCUAUUUUACAUUCUGCAUUUGCCAGUCCUACAAGACCGAAUCCAGGUGGUGGAGGGGAAACAUGUGCAGAAACAGCAGUCAAUGUUUUCUUCAGUAAGAUUGUGAAGUUAGCAGCUGUCAGAAUUAAUGGGAUGGUUGAAAGACUACAGCUUUCGCAGCAGAUAAGAGAGUCUGUCUACUGUCUUUUCCAAAAGAUCCUUGGUCAGCGGACAACUCUGUUUUUCAGUCGACACAUUGAUCAAAUUAUCCUUUGCUGCUUCUACGGAGUUGCUAAGAUUUCCCAACUGAGCCUGACCUUCAAAGAGAUCAUUUUUAACUAUAGAAAGCAACCUCAAUGCAAACCCCAAGUUUUUCGUAGUGUGUAUGUUGAUUGGAAAGCUCCUCGUCGAACUGGGAAAACUGGCCCUGAUCAUGUUGAUAUCAUAACAUUUUACAAUGAGAUAUUUAUUCCUGCGGUAAAACCUCUUCUAGUUGAGCUUGCUCCUGGUGGGUCAGAACAGGGUAGUUCUCAUGCUUCGGAGUCCAAGAAUAACAUUGAUGGUGCAUGUCCACCAGCAUCACCUAAAACAUCCCCAUUUCCAAGUCUUCCAGACAUGUCCCCUAAGAAAGUAUCUGCGGCUCACAAUGUUUAUGUCUCUCCGUUGCGAUCAUCAAAGAUGGAUGCAUUAAUAUCACAUAGCUCAAAAAGCUAUUAUGCUUGCGUGGGAGAAAGCACUCACGCGUACCAGAGCCCUUCGAAAGACCUGACUGCCAUCAACGAUCGCUUGAACGGAAAUAGGAAGACGAGAGUUGCCCUCAAGUUCAACGAUGAGGACGGCGGAUCGAUGAGAGGGGACGGGGUUGGUGACGGACUCGGUGGUUGCCUGACAGCCUGGGCAUCCAGAACGGCAAGUGUGCGUCGACGCCGGUGAAAACGGAGCAGCAGCCGGAGUUGUAAAAUUAUUGUUAUGGGUUUGUAGAUAGUGUGACUAACCGUGUUUUAGGUGAUAGCUUAGGUAGUGUGAUGGGGGGUAUGAUGAGCGGUGAGUUAUUAUAUAAUGGCCGCCUCUAACCCCAGCCCCACCCCAGGGUGCUCUAUACAUGCAGAUAUUUUCUCAUGGUUUUCACCUCUAAUAAAAUUUUGCAUUUUGCUGCCAAA